AGUGUCAACUGUCAAUAUCAUGUGUGAAAAGGACGACGCUGAGUUCAAAGCAAUCUUAAAAAUACACAAUCAAAAAGAAUAACAAUUUUUAUUUUUAUAAGCAUUAGGUAUAAUUGUUAUACGAGGGAAUAAUUAUUAAUAAACAUGACUGAUAUAUACAAGUUAAUUCAUCCAAAUAAGUAUUUUGAUGAUUACAUUUCACGAAAUGUACGUCCGGAUGGAAGGAAAUUUGAUGAACAGCGAAGUAUUAAACUCAAUUUAAAUGCAAUAAAAACAUCAGAAGCUUCUGCAGUUGUUAAAUGUGGAAAUACAACAGUGAUAUGUGGAAUAACCUUGGAAUUAGCAACACCUAAAGCAGAGGAACCAGACAAUGGUUUCCUUGUUACUAAUGUAGAGCUAUUGCCAUUAUGCUCAUCAAAAUUCAAGCCCGGACCACCUUCUGAUCAUGCACAAGUUGUUAGCAAUACAGUUUGUGACCUAUUAAUGAAUUCAAAGUGUAUAGAUCUAAAGGACUUAUGCAUAGUUUCUGAUAAAUUAGCUUGGGUACUUUAUUGUGAUAUGGUUUGCUUAGAUAAUGAUGGCAGUGUUGUUGAUGCUUGUAUGACAACUUUAAUGGCAAGUUUAAAGACAUUGUCUUUGCCCACCGUAACCUAUGAUACAGAAACAGAUGAUAUCAAAGUUGACCCCAAUGUUAGAAAACCUCUUAAACUCACUGGACUACCAGUAGCUACAAGUUUUGCCAUAUAUCAAACUCCACAAAGCAAUAUUGUCUUGACGGAUCCUACAGCAUAUGAAGAAGAAAUGUGUGGUGGUAUAGGAGCAAAUCUUAUAGUAUGUUGGAACCAAGGCGUAUUGUGUGGAGUUCAGAAGUUUGGAGGUGGUAAUAUUACAUCAGAGAGGCAUAAAGAAAUGUUCAGAGUAGCUAAAGAAAGAAGCAAAAUUGUUGAAGAAGUUAUACUCACAUGUUCAAAUGAAGAAUUCAAGAAAUAAAUAUCUUCUUAUUUAAUUUAUGUGACAUUACACAUAUUUCAAUAAAAGAUGAUUUAUAAAAAAUAAAUAUAUUUUUCAAUCACA